GAGCGCGAAUCUCAGAAAUUGGCGCACAAAUCAAAAAAAAUUGCCCCAAAAAUUUCACUAUAAUUUCAUUUCAUAAAAUCCCUCCAAAAUUCACAUUUGAAAUUCUACAUAUAAACUUCCUCUCCAUUAAAGCUCCAGCUAAGGUCGAGAUAAAUAAUGGCAGAUUUUGAACCUCCAUCGUUCUCUCUCGGCUUUGAUUUCGACCUCGAUUCGGAGCCCCAAUUCAAUAAUGACCCGAAAAUGGAUCCGGAUCCCGACCCGAAAGAUUCGGAGCCUCAAUCAACUGUACUACCAAAAUCCUCGGUGAGCUUACGAACAAUCAAUGAAGUUGAUGAUGAAGAAGACGAUGACUUUGAAUUCACAAAAAUGGAUCCGGUUUCGGACCGGAAAGAUUCGGAGCCUCAAUCAACUGUACUACCAAGACCCUCGGUGAGCUUACGAACAAUCAAUAAAUUUGUUGUUGAUGAGGAAGACGAUGAUUUUGAAUUCACAAAAAUGGAUCCGGGUACGAACCGGAAAGGUUCGGAUCCACCUAGAUCUCUGAAACGGCUCAAGCGGGGGGCCGCUUUGAAAUCCGAACCCGAACCUGUGGCCCAAAAGUUGAAGCUGGGAGAAACGUGGUGUAAUGUGGAUGAUGAUAUUGAAGAGUUCUCUUCGCAGGAGGAUGAACCUAAAGAUCAUCCCAAAUGUCACAUUUCCGUGUGUAGCAGUUCAAAAAUCCCGUUACGGGGGCAAAGGGUAUUAUCCUCACAAUCUGUAAGCAGAUGCACAGGAAGGAAGAAUGAGGCUUCAAAUGUUUCUUCCAUUUCCCAGAGUAUGGGAACUAGCACUAGUAAUUUUGUUUUCCCAGAGAUAACUAUUAGUCCAUUGAGAAGGUUCCAGCUGAUUGACUCUGAUUCUGAUGAGCCUUCCAAAAGUGAAUUCGUGGAAAAAGAAUCAGAUUUUGUGGAUUCUCCUUUGAGCGGUAAUCUACAACAUAAUGGUGCAGAUUUAAAUUGCCAGAGAAAUGCAGGACCUUCUGCUGGAACGUUUAAGACUAAAGAUCUGUGGGAAGACUUCUGUUCAGAGAAGACUUUCAAUAUUCCUACACCUGCUCUUGAUGAGGUUUGCGAGGAAUAUUUCAAAUCGGUAAAAGAUGGAAAAAGAACUCAAACUACGAAGAGUGGUUUAGCUGAAAGUAACAUGCGACCUCAGGGCCCUCUUCUCCCUGUUCACUGUUACUUUUUCCAUAAAGAUCCAAGAAUCCAAAAGUUAGUUCGUGAUCAUUUACCUCACUUUUUUCCCUUGGGUGCCAACAAUAUUCCUGGACAAUACCAAGAUGAUGCAUCAGUUAUAGAUUACAUGGGUCAAUUUUGUCAUGACGGAGGUUCUAAGAAAACUUCUCAGAAAUCUGCUGUUGUGAAAAACUCUAGAAAGAGCAGAAAGAAUGUGAAACAACCUAAUAAUGUGGAAGAAUCACAAGGAUCCGAGGGAUGGGUGAACCCUAAGAGCUCUGCUGGUAUUCCAAAAGAUGCUGGCAGGAGAAGGGUGCAGGCAGUUGGCAAAUCAGCAGGUCAUUGGUACACAGCUGGAGAUGGAAAACAAGUUUACGUUGCCAAAAAUGGGCAGGAGUUUUCUGGCCGAAGUGCAUAUAGAUGUUACAAAAAGGAGAGUGGAGGGAUUAAAAAGUCGACAACAAAGACUGCUGGCAAAAGGAAAGCAGCUUCAAAGAAGAAAUAGAGCCCCUACAGAAGCGAAUACGCGCUCCGUUUACUUGCCAUGUUCAUGUUAAUAUGUUCUGGAAAUGGAAUUUUGUAUUACCAAACUAUUGUAUAGCAGUAAUUUGUUUUCUAAGAUGACAGAUUAAUAGCAGAAAAGCUCUAUUCUUGAUGUUUUGACAACUGAUAUAAUCUGAGGGACAAGAUAAUUAUGUUCUUGCUGUAUUCUGCUAAAGAUCUAUUAGGGGUAAUUUGGUAGUAGUUGUGGUAAGAUUAUUUUUUAUGCGGUAUUUGGUUUGGUGUAUCAUAAAUAAUAUACAUUGCAUAAUUUUAAAGGUUUUGAA